UCACUCUCUUUUGUUUUUGCGCUCUUGUUUCAAACUUUCAACACCAUGGCGGAGAAGAAGGUCAUCGUUGUCGUCGAAAGCACCGCUGCGAUGGGACCGCACUGGGAUACUCUUCAAGUGGAUUAUCUCAACAAAAUCGUCAAGUCCCUUUGUGGGAACGAACCUGCUGUUUCCAACGCUCAGUUUGCCCUAGUCACCUAUCAUACUCAUGGCAUUUAUUCUCCUGUUCUCGUGCAACGUUCUGGCUGGACAAGAGAUCCAGAAGUUUUCUUAGAUUGGUUAUCAUCUAUAUCCUUUUCCGGUGGUGGUUUAAAUGACACCGCUGUCGCUGAAGGGCUUGCUGAAGCUUUGAUGAUGUUCUCCCCGUCUCAAAGUGAAAGCCCUAAUCAAAAGAAUGUUGAUAUGCCAAUGCACUGUAUUCUUGUGGCAGCCAGUAAUCCUUAUCCAUUGAAGAGACCAAUAUAUGUUCCCAAGAAGAAUGAAUCCAUUGACUCGGAAUCAGGUAACCAGUUUUAUGAUGCUGAAGAUGUUGCUAAAGCAUUUCCGCAGUUUUCUAUUUCUCUAUCUGUCAUCUGCCCAAGAAAUCUUCCCAAAAUCAAAGCCAUCUACAAUGCUGGAGCUGUCAAUCCACCGGUUGAUGCUAAACCCCCUCUUGUUUUGAUAUCAGAAGGUUUCAGGGAAGCCCGCACUGCCUUGAGUCCUUCCGGAACAACAAACUUGCCUUCAAAUCAAAUUCAUGUUAAAGUUGACGAUGUAUCUGUCGCACCAGUUACGGGGGCACCCCCAUCUUCAUUGCCAUCGGUGAAUGGAUCUAUUGCUAACCGGCAGCCAAUACCUAAUGUCAGUGUGACUCCUGCUACUGUAAAAGCUGAGCCAGUGCCUGUAAAAGUUGAGCCAUUGCCGGUAAAAGUUGAGCGUGUCGUAAAAAUUGAGCGUGGCACGACAUCUUCUGGACCGCCAGUAAUUACUAGUUCGGGAUAUCUUACUGCUUCUACACAGGUUGGGCAACAGUCAAGUCUUGAUUUACUAAUGUCAGCCACUUCACAACCAUCGGCUAAUAUUCAAGGAGCUGUUAGCAUGGGACAACAGGUUCCCAGAAUGAUUCCUACUCCAGGAAUGCCUCAACAAGUACAGUCAGGCAUGCAGCCACUUGUGAAUAACGCAGCUGCUACUAAUAUGCCCUUAUCACAACAGACAACUUCUGCACAGCCGCCCAAAUAUAUUAAGGCCUGGGAGGGAACCUUGACAGGUUUAAGACAAGGACAGCCGGUAUUUAUCAGCAAACUCGAAGGUUAUAGGAGUUUUUCUGCAUCCGAGACACUUACAGCGGACUGGCCUGCUGGUAUGCAAAUAGGUCGGCUUAUAUCUCAGGAUCACAUGAAUAACAAGCAGUAUAUAGGAAAGGCAGAUUUCCUAGUUUUUCGGGCAAUGAACCAGCACGGUUUUCUUGGUCAGCUGAAGGAAAAGAAGCAAUGUGCAGUUAUUCAAUUGCCAUCACAGACGUUGCUAAUGUCUGUUUCAGACAAACCUUGCCGCUUGAUCGGGAUGAUUUUUCCUAAGGAGAUGGUUGUAACUAAGCCACCAUUGUCCAGUCAGCAGCAGCUGCAACAGCAACAAAUGCAACAACAGCACCAGCAGAUGCAAUCUCAACAGCAGCAGCAGCUUUCUCACAUGCAGCAGCAGCAGCAGCUAUCCCAGCAUCAACAGCUUCCUCAGCAGCAACAGAUGGUUGGUGCUGGAAGGGGUCAAAACUAUGUUCAAGAUCCUGGGCGCUCACAAACAGUUUCUCAGGGACAAGUUUCAUCACAAGGAGCUACAAACAGUGGUCGAGGAAAUUUCAUGAGUUAGGUCAUUCUCUGAUACAGGUUCCACAAGAUUGACACAAAAGUCAUGUUUUGGGGAUACCAUUUAUUAUAAUAUUUCAACAGUUUUAUGGUUUUUCACCUUACAUUACAUACCUUGCUAUUUGUUAUUGGACAAUUGUUAUCGUGUUUGUGCUGGUGAUGGAAAAUUCUCACUAUGUUUGAAUUAUCCAAAUCUCCAUGCAUAGAAAACUGCAGAAAAUGAUUGUGUUAGCAGUGGCAAUGUAAGGAAUUUUGGGGUCUUGUUAAAACUUAAAAACAUAAUAAAACAGAAUGUGUGUAAUAAUGAGAAGUGUGAGAUACAUAUAUCACUCGUCAA